GCACUUACGGUCGCGAUGAGCUGCGGCUCUUCCCAACCUCCACUUCCUCCGCUUCAGGCCGAUAAGCCCAAGCCUGCAAAGCUCUCCUCGUCCAACCUUGAAGCCCUGCGCCCGACCUCAAGUGAUGAUAAGAAGAGCUCAUGGGAUGGGAGAAGGCUGGUGGGCUCCGUCGACUACGACAAGGGCGUGAGCCGCGUCUCCGUUGAGGUGGCCGGCGUCGGUCGGGACCAGAUACCAGCAAGGUAUCGUCUUCGUGUCUACGGCACUCGAUGGCAGAAGGAUUGGAAGGUAUCAGAGGUGGUGGAGCGCCUGCUCAGGCUAAACGACUGGGACGAUGUCGACGCUGUCCUCAAUUGCUGGGUCGGCCGCUUUGCGAGGAAAAAUUUCUCGCUCCUCAUUAGGGAGAUGAGCAUUAAAGGUUCCCUUGAACGUGUUGUUCAAGUUUUUCAGUGGAUGAAAUCUCAAAAGAACUAUUGUCCUCGGACUGACAUAUACAACAUGAUGAUAAGGUUGCAUGCCAGGCACAACCGGAUUGAUCAAGCCCGUGGUCUUUUUUUUGAGAUGCAAGAAUGGAGAUGCAAACCUGAUGCUGAAACCUACAAUUCGUUAAUCAGUGCACACGGACGAGCUGGUCAGUGGCGUUGGGCUACAAAUAUAGUGGAAGAUAUGCUUAGUGCUGCUAUUCCUCCUACUCGAUCUACUUACAAUAAUUUGAUAAAUGCUUGUGGAUCAAGUGGUAACUGGAAAGAGGCACUGAAGGUUUGUAAGAAAAUGACAGAAAAUGGUGUUGGGCCAGAUUUGGUUACUCACAAUAUCAUUUUGUCUGCUUUUAAAAGUGGUGGUCAAUAUGCCAAAGCGCUUGCUUACUUUGAACUGAUGAAGAAAACAAAUAUUUCUCCCGACACGGUUACUUUCAACAUUGUCAUACAUUGCCUUGUUAAACUUGGACAAUAUGGGAGAGCUGUUGAUGUAUUUAACUCAUUGAUAGGCAAAAGAGCAGGAUGUUGUCCAGAUGUUGUAACCUUUACCAGCAUCAUACAUGCAUAUUCUAUUUGUGGACAAGUUGAGAACUGUAAUAAGGUGUUUAAUAUGAUGCUUGCUGAAGGGAUGAAACCUAACAUUGUUUCAUUUAAUGCACUAAUGGCUGCCUAUGCUUCACAUGGAAUGCAUGAUGAAGCUUUUGCAACUUUCAAUGAAAUUAAGUAUGCGGGUUACCGACCUGAUGUUGUGUCCUAUACUUCCUUGCUUAAUGCUUACGGUCGAUCAGGGAAGUAUAAAGAGGCUAGGGGGAUCUUUGACAUGAUGAAAAAGAACUCUUGUAAGCCAAACAGAGUAACUUACAAUGCAUUGAUUGAUGCUUAUGGAUCUGCAGGAAUGAUUUCAGAGGCUGUCCAGGCCCUUCGUGAAAUGGAAGGGAUUGGUAUUCAGCCAGACAAUGUCUCUUUGAGUACUCUUCUUGCUGCUUGUGGUCGCUGUGGUCAAAUUGUAAAGAUCAACACUAUACUUUCAAUGGCUAAGUCCCUGGGCAUUGAAUUGAACACCGUUGCACACAAUUCAGCUAUUGGGAGUUAUAUGGCUGUUGGUGAGUACAGAAAAGCUGUGGCUUUCUAUAGGAUGAUGAUAGAGAAGAAUGUUAGACCUGAUACUACCACAUUCAACAUAUUAAUAAGUGGUUCUUGUAAGUUAGAAAAAUUCAAUGACUUUUUUGAGUUUUUGGAUGAGAUGAAAGAAUUGAACGUUCCUUUAUCCAAGGAAGUAUAUUCUUCUUUAAUCUGUGCUUAUAUUAAGCAGGGAAACUUAGCAGAAGCUGAAAAAACUUUUGCAAUGAUGAAGGCUACUGGUUGCAUGCCUGAUGUUAUCACAUACACUUCCAUGAUAAAUGCGUACCGUACAACAGAUGACUGGAAGAAGGCAUGGGAUGUUUUCGUGGAAAUGAGAGUGAAUAAUAUCAAACCAGAUCCCAUUGCAUGCUCAGCACUCAUGGAAGCUCUCAACAGAGGAUGCCAAUCAGCAAUGGUUCUUCAGUUAGCAAAGGUGAUGAGAGAAGAAAGCAUCCUCCUGAAUUCCCGUGCCUCCUUUGAGAUAGUAUCAGCUUGUAGCAUGCUAAGGGAUUGGAAGAUGGCAAGUGAACUAGUUGAAAAAAUGGAGCUUUCACUCUCAUUACUAUCUGUUGGGCUUCUGAAUCAACUCAUUCAUUUUCUUGGAAAAAGUGGAAAGAUCGAGACUAUGAUGAAGUUAUUUCACAAGAUAGUAGCUUCUGGAAUUGUAGUUAGCUUUUCCACUUAUUCAGUUCUAUUGAAGAACCUUCUGGCUGCUGGAAGAUGGAGGAAAUAUAUAGAGAUAUUAGAAUGGAUGGAAGACGGAGGGAUACGGCCAUCACUUCAAAUGUAUUGUAGUGUUCUUUCACAUGCUUUAAAGUACGAAAGCAUGAAGCAUGCCGUUCUCAUUCAAGAAAGAAUUGACUCACUGAGAGAAAAGGUGGGCUGAAUUUGAUUAUAUGAAUGUGCCAAGUGUUCCAAGCUAAUAGGCUGUACAAAGGAGUUCAGUUGAAACUGCGAUACAGAUCCAGAACAAAGUAGAUGAACAAAAAAUCAGAAAUUAUGGCAAUAAUAGAUCAUGGAAGUCCAACUGCAUAUCUAAAUCGCAGCUCAUGGUGUCAUGGUAGUUGAGCUGAGGUUUCUCAUGCAACAAGUUCAGAAUUCAAAGGUUGGUCUAAACAGAGGGAAAAUUUGUCCCAGAGGAUUAAUGAAUCUCAAAGUUUUGAAUCUAUUUUUGAGAUGAGCAUAAUAUGUAGAUAAAUAAUCUUUUGCUAAUUUCAAAGCAAAUCUAAAAGUUGAGGAUAUCCUGAUACAAAAUUUUCUAUCAAAGAGUGCUUAGGCUCAACUUUUCUUCAAAAUAACUGCUCAUCUAAUUACUCUUGUCUUGUGGAGUGCUAUAGCAGGCCUGGUCUCAUGCUUCUCCAUUCUCUCUUGAAUACAUGUAUGCAAACCUAUUCUGAAGCUUUUGGUUCCAUGAACUUCUGAAUUCUUGAUUACUCCAAGUGCUGAUCAACUCCAAUAAUCUGUUAAUUAGUGAAUCAUUCUGUGCAGCAGCUGCUUCAAUAUAAUACAGGAAAAGUUCGCCAAGGUCAGAAAGAAGUCUAACAAUGGAGGCAGAUAACGAAAGAAACUAACAGGAAUCAGACUUUUUGAGUAAAGAUGAGAAGAGGGUAUCUUCUGUUGGCAUUUUCUAGCUGUCUGUUCCUAUUUUGGUGUUGAAUUUGUGGCUGGUGAGUUCCAUCAUGCUGUGAUGUUACUCUUUGUUGGCCAGUCUCAUCUAAUUAUUGAGCUAUUUUGACAACUGUUUUGACAUGUUGCUCCUCCAUCCUAUGAGAACUUAUUCUGUGUGGAGGUCAGUCAGAAUGUGCCACGUCACCCAGUACAUAGUGGUAUCCAGCACCAGUACGGAGCAAAGAAGUGACUUGACACGUUCUGAUUGACCUCUGUACGACAUCUGGUGUCCGCACAAAAUAAUUCAUUCCAUCUUAUUGGGUCUUGGGCGCCUAUUUUUGGUUGAUUACGACAUCUAUGACUGUGAGACAUAUUUCUAAUUUGAUGAGUAUUGGAACAGGAAAAGUUACUGCUA